AAUUUUGUAUUAUUGAGAACAGGAAGUGGUUGCUCACGAGCGGCGAUGCAAACCAGAGUGGUUUGCUCGGCUGUCUAAUGUGUUGAUUAAAAACUAAGCUUCAGAAGCUGACAAUGCUCUAUACGACAAAACCUUAAUACUUCUACUAUUCUGCCAAAACCUCACCUGCUUCUUCCUCCUUCUCCUCUCUGUGGUAAAGUGAAGAACUUCACAACAUCCCAUUGUUUGAUUCCCAAAAAAGCUGAGUCUUUUUCAUGUUGCUCUCUCCUACUGCCUCGCCGGCUCCGGUGGAUUCUCCGCCUGCCACGUCAUCACCUCCAGCUCCUCAUUUUUCUCCUCUUCCCCCGCCACUUAAAUCUUCUCCGCCGCCUCUUUUAGCUCCCACCGUUUCCCCACCGCCGCCUCCUCCGGUGGAAUCUCCACCGCCUCCUCCCGCCUCAUCCCCUUCCGGUUCACCGCCAUUGCCUUUCCUUCCCGCCAAACCGUCUCCGCCGCCUUCUUCACUUCCCUCUGAGACACUGCCGCCGCCGGAGAAAACGGUUUCUCCGCCACCUCCUUCACUUCCCUCUGAGACAGUACCGCCUGGAAAAACGAUAUCUCCGCCACCUUCUUCACUUCCCUCCGAUCCACUCCCGCCGGUGAAUAUGGCUUCACCUCCACCGCCGUCUCCUCCUCGCCGCCGUGGCCCAAAGCUUUCGCUUCCUCCUCCCAUAAUUUCCUCUCCACCAAAGACUUCUCCAACUCCAACCACUCCGUCUCUCCCGGAAACUUCUCCUCCACCUAAACCACCGCUCUCGACGUCGCCAUUUCCCUCUUCAUCCAACUCUCCGCCGAAGAACUCGCCGGCAGCAAUCCUUCCUUUCUUUGGGCCUGUGAGCCCACUACCGGAUAUGCCCGAUGGGACAGUAGCGCCACCUAUUGGGCCCGUUAUAGAGCCCAAAACGAGUCCGGGCGGAUCAAUCUCCCCGGGAACGCCACAGCCACUUGUACCGAAGAGCCUGCCUGAGACGACGUCGUAUCACCGUUCUUCCGCCGGAUUCUUAUUCGGCGGUGUGAUCGUUGGGGCUCUUCUGCUUGUUCUGCUAGGUCUUCUCUUUGUCUUUUACAGAGCUACCAGAAAUAGAAAUAACAGCUCUCGUCAUCACCAAUCAAAAGCUCCAUCAAAAGUUCAACACCAUCGAGGUGGUAAUGUCGAUCAAAACCAGGCGAAUGUUAUCACGAUACCACCUCUAGUCCAUGCUGCACCACCAAAGUAUUCGUCCAGUGGUUCUAAGGAGAACAAUGCCGUUGCAAUGAACAUUACAAUGCCAUCUGGAAUGUUCACAUACGAAGAACUAUUAGAGGCAACGGGCGGAUUCUCAGAGGCAAACCUAUUGGGAGAAGGCGGAUUCGGUUACGUUCACAAAGGAGUGCUGAAAAGCGGGAGAGAAGUGGCGGUGAAGCAGCUGAAGAUUGGGAGCAAUCAAGGGGAAAGAGAAUUCCAAGCUGAGGUUGACACAAUCAGUAGGGUUCAUCACAAGCACCUUGUCUCCUUGGUCGGUUAUUGCAUUCACGGAGAUAAAAGACUCUUGGUUUACGAGUUUGUUCCUAAAGACACCUUGGAGUUCCACUUGCAUGGAAACAGAGUAAGUGUGUUGAAGUGGGAAAUGAGGCUCAGGAUAGCUGUAGGAGCAGCGAAAGGAUUAGCGUAUCUUCAUGAGGAUUGCAGUCCAACUAUAAUUCACCGUGAUAUCAAAGCAGCUAAUAUCCUUCUAGAUUCCAAAUAUGAGGCAAAGGUCUCUGACUUUGGGCUUGCCAAAUUCUUCUCAGACACCAAUUCAUCAGUCACUCAUAUCUCUACUCGCGUGGUAGGAACUUUCGGAUACAUGGCUCCAGAAUACGCGUCGAGUGGUAAAGUAACUGAUAAAUCAGAUGUAUAUUCCUUUGGGGUCGUGCUUCUUGAACUCAUCACCGGACGUCCAUCGAUUUUCCCUAAAGAUCCCACCACAAACCUUAGUUUAGUUGACUGGGCGAGGCCGUUGCUUGCAAAAGCCAUCUCUGGAGAAAGUUUCGAGCUUGUUGUAGACCCGAGGCUGGAGAAGAACUACGAUACAACUCAAAUGGCAAACAUGGCUGCUUGUGCUGCUGCUUGCAUACGUCAAUCUGCUUGGCUUCGUCCCCGAAUGAGCCAGAUAGUCCGUGCUCUUGAAGGCGAGGUGGCCCUUAGAAAUGUCGAGGAGACCGGUAAUAGCAGCAGGACGUAUAGCUCCUCUGAAACCCCAAACGGCGUCUGUGGAACAAGCAAUGGUUACACUUCAGAGUAUGGAAUCAAUCCUUCUCAGUCGAGCAGUGAACAUUAAGUCUUCACAACUCUGGGGUUAACUGUGUGAUUAGCCUACUUCAUUCAUUUUGUAGCUAUUGAUUAACAUCUGUGAAAGGUUUCCAAAGAACACUAGCAGUGUUCUUGGCUUUCUAGCUUUUACCGUGAUUUUUUAUUAAUUUGGGGAUAUAUAUAUUUUGUAUUGUAUGCUGUAAUCCAUGUAUGGGCACAAAAUAUUUUAUGUUAUAUCGAAACAGAUAGUUCAUUAGUAGAGUAAAUAUAUGGCAAAUUAACGAGUAGUGAAUUCCUUAGAGAAUUUUUUUUUCCUAAAAAUAAA